AUGUUCUUUCAUCAGACAUACUCCGGUCUCUUCUGCGUGGUAGUCAAUCCAUACAAGAAGCUGCCAAUCUACACGGAGAAGAUUAUGGAGCGUUACAAGGGCAUCAAACGCCACGAGGUACCACCGCACGUGUUCGCCAUCACAGACACAGCAUACCGCUCUAUGCUGCAAGAUCGCGAGGAUCAGUCCAUCUUAUGUACCGGCGAGUCUGGAGCCGGUAAGACUGAAAACACCAAGAAAGUCAUUCAAUACCUCGCGUAUGUAGCGGCCUCCAAACCUAAAGGAUCGGGAGCGGGACCUUCGCCGCAGUUGAUUAUAGGCGAAUUAGAACAACAGCUUCUUCAAGCUAAUCCAAUCCUCGAGGCGUUCGGUAACGCCAAGACAGUCAAGAACGAUAACUCAUCACGUUUUGGUAAAUUCAUAAGAAUAAACUUCGACGCGUCCGGUUUCAUAGCGGGCGCUAAUAUCGAAACGUAUUUACUUGAGAAGUCAAGAGCCAUCAGACAGGCGAAAGAUGAGAGGACGUUCCAUAUAUUCUACCAGCUAUUAGCGGGGGCGACCGCUCAGCAGAAAGCCGAGUACAUACUAGAAGACCCCAAGAGCUAUCCCUUCCUCACGAACGGCGCGUUGCCGGUACCUGGCAUAGAUGACGCCGCGGAGUUCCAGGCCACCAUAAAAUCCAUGCACAUCAUGGGCAUGAACAAUGAAGACUUCAACUCGAUAUUUAGAAUCGUCUCAGCUGUACUCCUGUUUGGGUCCAUGCAGUUCAAACAGGAGAGAAACUCGGAUCAAGCCACGCUGCCAGAUAAUACUGUGGCACAGAAAAUUGCUCAUUUGCUUGGUCUCUCUGUGACAGAAAUGACAAAAGCUUUCCUCAAGCCCCGGAUUAAAGUGGGUCGUGAUUUCGUCACUAAAGCACAAACUAAAGAACAGGUGGAGUUCUCUGUGGAGGCUAUCGGCAAGGCUUGUUACGAACGUCUGUUCAGAUGGCUGGUCAACAGAAUCAAUAGGUCGCUGGACAGAACGAAGAGGCAAGGCGCGUCGUUCAUAGGAAUCCUCGAUAUGGCCGGUUUUGAAAUAUUCGAACUGAACUCCUUCGAACAGCUGUGUAUUAACUACACUAACGAGAAGCUGCAACAGCUCUUCAACCACACGAUGUUCAUCCUCGAACAGGAGGAGUAUCAGAGGGAAGGCAUCGAAUGGAAGUUCAUAGACUUCGGUCUGGACUUGCAGCCGACGAUCGACCUCAUCGACAAACCCAUGGGCAUCAUGGCCUUGCUCGAUGAAGAGUGCUGGUUCCCCAAGGCGACUGACAAGACGUUCGUCGAGAAGCUCGUGUCCUCACACUCCGUACACCCGAAAUUCAUGAAGACGGAUUUCAGAGGCGUCGCUGACUUCUCUAUCAUACACUACGCGGGGAAAGUCGAUUACUCGGCCGCCAAGUGGCUCAUGAAGAAUAUGGAUCCUCUGAACGAGAACGUGGUGUCGCUGCUGCAGUCCUCGCAGGAUCCGUUCGUGUGCCACAUCUGGAAGGACGCGGAGAUAGUCGGCAUGGCGCAGCAAGCGAUGACCGAUACACAAUUCGGCAAGAGAAUAAGGAACGGAAUGUUCAGGACGGUCUCCCAACUGUACAAGGAACAGUUGACCAAGUUGAUGGCUACGCUGAGGAACACGAACCCGAAUUUCGUCCGGUGUAUCAUACCGAACCACGAGAAGAGAGCCGGCAAGAUAGAGGCGCCGCUGGUGUUGGACCAGUUGCGUUGUAACGGUGUACUCGAAGGUAUCAGGAUUUGCCGCCAAGGUUUCCCCAACAGGAUCCCGUUCCAGGAGUUCAGACAGCGUUACGAGCUCCUCACGCCGAACAUCAUCCCUAAAGGAUUCAUGGACGGUAAAAAAGCCUGCGAGCAAAUGAUAGAAGCGUUGGAACUCGACCACAACCUCUAUCGCGUCGGUCAAUCGAAGAUCUUCUUCAGAGCCGGAGUUUUAGCUCACCUGGAGGAGGAGAGGGACUACAAGAUAACCGACCUCAUAGUGAACUUCCAAGCAUUCUGCAGGGGAUUCCUUGCGAGAAGAAACUAUCAGAAGAGAUUGCAGCAGUUGAGCGCUAUAAGAAUCAUACAAAGAAACUGCGCCGCCUACCUCAAGCUGAGGAACUGGCAGUGGUGGAGGUUGUACAUUAAGGUGAAACCUCUGCUGGAAGUGACGAAGCAGGAGGAGAAGUUGACACAGAAGGAGGAUGAGCUUCGUUUGAUCCGCGAACAGCUUGAUUCCCAGCUCAAGCUGUGUCAGGAGUACGAAGCCAAAUACCAGCAGGCUAGCAUCGAGAAGACCGAGCUCGCUGAACAAUUACAGGCGGAACUCGAGUUAUGCGCUGAAGCCGAGGAAUCCCGCGCUAGGGCGGCUGCUCGCAAGCAAGAGCUGGAAGAACUUCUGCAUGACCUGGAAGGAAGAAUAGAAGAGGAGGAGGAAAGAUGUACAGCUCUACAGCAGGAGAAGAAGAAGUUACAGCUGAAUAUACAGGAUGUAAUGGAACAGCUGGAAGAGGAGGAAGCAGCUCGUCAAAAGCUGCAGCUUGAGCGGGUCCAGUGUGACGCUAAGAUCAAGAAACUUGAGGAAGAUCUGGCGCUCAGCGACGAUACCAACCAGAAACUACUCAAGGAGAAGAAGGUCCUAGAAGAGAGAGCUAACGAUCUCUCACAAGCACUCGCCGAAGAAGAAGAAAAGGCUAAACAUCUGAGUAAAUUGAAAGCGAAACAGGAGUCCGCUAUUGCUGAGCUGGAGGAGAAACUAUUGAAGGACCACCAAUUAAGGCAAGAAGUGGACAGAACCAAGAGGAAGUUGGAGACAGAGCUACAAGAUGUUAAGGAACAACUUGUGGAGAGGAAGGCGCAGCUUGAAGAACUACAGAUUGUACUGAAGAAACGAGAGGAGGAAUUGGUGGCGGCUAACGCACGCGCCGACGAAGAGAGUUCACAAAGGAACAACGCACAGAAAGCAGUCCGCGAGGCCCAGGCGGCGUUAGACGAGGCCCGGGAAGACUUGGACCUGGAGCGAGCCGCCAGGAGCAAGGCGGAGAAGCUGCGGAGAGAUCUUAAUGAGGAACUGGAAGCUUUGAAGAGCGAAUUACUGGACUCAUUGGAUACUACCGCGGCUCAACAGGAGCUGAGGUCCAAAAGGGAGCAAGAGGUGGCUGUACUCAAGAGGUCGUUGGAGGAAGAGGCCGCCGCGCACGAGGCCGCGCUGGCCGACCAGAGGCAUAAGCACUCACAGGAACUACAGUUGCUCAACGAACAGCAGGAACAACUUAAGAAGGCCAAGGCCGGUCUAGAGAAGGCCAAGCAAGUUCUCGAAGCUGAGAACGCGGACCUGACCACUGAACUUAAGACCGCCAGCGCUGCUCGAGCCGAGAGCGAGAGGAGAAGGAAACAAGUCGAGGCUCAGCUGCAGGAGGUGGCCGCUAAACUACAAGACGUGGACAGAACCAGGGCGGAAUUGGCGGAGCGCUGCGUGCGGCUUCAGAGCGAGGCGGAGCAAGCGCUGCAACAGUUGGAGGCCGCUGAACUGAAGGCAUCCGCCGCAGCCAAACAGGCCGCCACCGCCGGGGCCAACCACGUGGAACUACAGGCCCAGCUUGAAGAGGAGACGAAACAGAAGCUGUCUCUGCAAACGAAGCUGCGAGCUGUAGAGCAACAGCUUGAACAGGCCAGGGACCAGCUGGAUGAAGAGGAGGAGGCCAAGGGCAACCUGGAGAAACAGGUUGCAAUGCUAACCCAACAAGUGGCUGAUGCCAAGAAGAAGGCGGAGGAAGAAGCUGAAGUGGCCGCCGCGCUCGAGGAACAGAGGAAGAAACUCAGCAAAGACGUGGAGGCGCUACACUGUCAACUGGAGGAGAAGCAACAAGCCAAUGAUAAGAUAGAGAAGAGUAAAAAGAAGAUUCAAGAGGAGCUUGAGGACGCCAACAUCGAGCUGGCGGCGCAGCGGGCCAAGGUGUUGGAACUAGAGAAGAAACAGAAGAACUUUGAUAAGGUCGUAUCCGAAGAACGUGCAGUCGCUGAGAGGAACGCGGCAGAAAGAGACGCAGCGGAGAGGGAGGCUCGGGACAAGGAAACACGAGUCCUCUCACUCACUAGAGAUCUAGACCUCGCCGCUGAGAAGAUCGAGGAGUUGGAGCGUUCCAAGCGUCUCCUACAGUCGGAACUAGACGAGCUGGCCAACACGCAGGGAACAGCUGACAAGAAUGUUCACGAGCUGGAAAAGGCCAAGAGGGCGCUGGAGUCGCAAUUAGCCGAGCUGAAGGCGCAGAAUGAGGAAAUAGAAGAUGACUUGCAGCUUACUGAGGACGCCAAGCUACGGCUUGAGGUCAACAUGCAGGCUAUGAGGGCGCAGUUCGAGAGGGAUCUACAGGCUAAAGAAGAGGCUGGUGAGGAAAAGCGCCGCGGUAUAGUGAAGCAGCUUCGAGAGCUUGAAGCUGAGUUGGAAGAGGAGCGGAAACAAAGAGCAGCCGCCGCCGCGACCAGGAAGAAGAUGGAGGCUGACCUAAAGGACGCUGAGCAGGCGCUGCAUCUGGCUAAUAAGGUGAAAGAGGAUGCUGUUAAACAAGCGAAGAAGCUGACGGCUCAGCUCAAAGAGGCGGUUCGAGAGGCGGAGGAGGCGCGCGCGGGGAGGGAAGAGGCUGCAGCGACCUCCCGAGAGGCCGAGAGGAGGGUGAAGGCGCUAGAGGCGGAAGCGCUACAACACGCGGAGGAACUGGCGGCCGCUGAGAGGGCGCGGAGACACGCGGAGGUCGAGAGAGAUGACAGAGAUGACGAACUCACCGCCGCCGCCGCUAAGGCGACUCUUCUAAUAGACGAGAAGAAACGUCUGGAAGCGAGAAUAACAGCUCUUGAGGAAGAUUUGGAUGAGGAGCAGUCGAACAACGAGAUACUCAACGACAGACUCAGAAAGGCUCAGAACCAAAUCGAUCAGCUAACUAUGGAGCUUGGUACAGAGAAGGCGGCCACACAGAAAUUGGAGAGCAGCAAAUUGGUAUUAGAGAGACAGAACAAGGAACUGAAGGCCAAGUUCGCUGAACUGGAGACCUCUGGACGCGCCAAGACCAAGAGUAUGAUCACGUCCUUGGAGAUGAAGGUCCAGAAUUUGGAGGAGCAGCUGGAGGCGGAGUCUCGUGAACGACUCGCGCAACAGAAGGCCUCGAGGAAACUGGACAAGAAGAUGAAGGAAUUGGCGCUACAGUUGGAGGAGGAGAGGAGGCACUCCGACCAGUACAAGGAGCAGAUAGAGAAGAUGAACAGUCGCGUGAAGGCGUUGAAGCGCGAGGUUGACGCCGCGGACGAGGAGGUGCAGAGGGAGAGGGCCGCCAAGAGGAAGGCGCAGAGGGAACUGGACGACCUGCUGGAGGCGCAGGAGACGCUCUCCAGGGAGUGCACCAACCUGCGGAACAAGCUCAGGCGUCAAGGCGGCCCCAUGUUGUCCGGAGCGUCCUCUGGCCGCGUGAAGCGCUCGUCCCUCGCCCCGGGGGGAGCUUCUGGGGACGAAUCCUUCGACGACGGCACCGACGCCGCCAACUCGCUCGACUUAUGA